GAAAUAUCAAUCAAGUUCUUAACAACAUCUUUUGAUAAUCCAAUCUUCUGUCAUUUUCGAUAUCAUCAACAACUCGAACACCAUUUUUGUCCCAUAAAUAUUUUGACAGACUCAAAAUGAACAAACGACACAACCAGAAUGGCAACCAGAAAAAAUCUGGCAAUGCUAACAAAGACGAUGCGAAAUUAGCUCACACACUGGAGAGACCUGCUAACGAGAUAACCGUCAAAGACAAUCCAAUAGAUUUAAUCCAGAGACUACAAGCUUGUUUCCAGAGUCAAGAAACGGAUUCAAAUGCAAUGCGAAGCGAAAUACAACACCUCAAGGAUACACUCAAGGAUACACUUGAGCAAUCGCAGGCCGACAUUUCCGGAUUAAGCCUUGUCAUUAAAACUCUUGAGUCAAGCUUACAGAACUUGCGAGAGGAGCUACAGACCAAAGCUCAAGCUAUGACAGAGCUUGAGAAUCAACAUGGAGAUGAGGUCUUAGAAUAUGAGACCGGGAUCAAGGCCUCGAAAAAAGAAACAGAGAAGCUACAAGCAAAAGUGAAGGAGCUCAACUCUGUCAUCCAAGCUGCGGGUAUUACUACAGAAGUACUGAAACUAGAAUUUGAAAAAGAACGAUCGGCCUGUCGAACUGAGGUGGAAAGCAUAAAAGCAAAGAUACUCGAACUGCAGCAAAAGAACAUGUCCAAAGAUAUUGAAGCAAAAUCAGAGCCUGCAAAUAUCGACAAGUCUAUCCCUAGUGCUUCUAAAGACAAAGUGGAUGCCGAUUGUGAAAACUGUGUACUGCAAUCAGUUCAAAUAAAUAACAUGAAGGUGGAUCUAGCCGUUCUAUCUCGAUCACUCUACCAAAACAGUAUUGGUAUUCUAAGCGGGGCUCAAUAUAUGACACAUAACAGCGGUAUAGCGACGGUCGAGCCGACAUUUACUCCAAUGCAGAUUGAAAGAAAAGAAGAUUGGCUAAGUUCUCUGCACCAGAUGGUGGAAGGCAGGAUAUCAAGUCAAAACAAUGGUUCACCGGACUACACAAUUUAUGUCAAAAGGUGGCAGAGUUCAUAUUCAUACCUGGAAACCCUCGAAAUCUCCCAAGUCCUUUUCUGCCAAUGCGCGAUGCUGAACAGCUUCCUAUCGAAGGAACGCGCAGAUGCCACCAAUCUCAGAAACGCGUUAUCGGCACAGAAGAUAGAAACAAUAAACUGUCAGGAAAAAUUAAUAGCAUCCCAUAGCAAGGUGAUAGAUGGCUUGAAAGAAGAAGCCAAAAUUAAGCGCACGGAAGAGGAAAUUAAGCAAAAAAAGCUUAGAGAUACCCAACAGGAAGCUAUUGACUCUCUGAAGACGAGUUACGAAGCUCGACUCAUAGAACUCGAGAAGGAACAUUCUCCGUAUCGUGAUAUUGCUGAACGUAUCCUGGCUCGCGAGUUUGAGUGGUGUAAGCCCCCUAGAGAACGCAACGAGGAGAUCAUAUAUCAGGGAAAUCUUGCUGCACAUGGGGGAAACUGCCGCGCUGUAUUGAGACGGACAGAAUUAAGUCCAAGUGAUGAAGAUGAGGAAUGGUUCAAACAUUGGUACGGUGUUAGCCUUAAAACCUUCGCCGAGCACAAAGAUUCUCCAAAAAUGCAAAAGCUUCUUGACAUGCGAUAUGAAAUGAAAAAGUUCAAGACUGUUCAGCUAUCCGAUACAGCUUUUGACAGGUAUUUUCAAGCUAUCCUGUGCGUAGAAAUAGAGGAAUGUGAAUCACCGACGUCAUCUCAAAGUCAUAUCGAUGAACAGAAGGAUAUAGAAAUUAUCUUAGAUUCUGUGUUCUCGUCAAUGUGUUCUGAGUACAAUGAAGCUGCAGAAAACGAGAAGAGGCGCCGGAAAUCGGAUUGGAAACUCGGACAUACCGGUCAGAACAUGGGGGAUUCGAUCGUGGAAAAUUCAUCGAACAAGUUGUCAGGGUGAAAGAAUAAAUUACAAUUACAAAUAGAGUAUAAUCCGCAGUCUUCGUUAUCAAUCUCCUUUCAAGUGCAUUUCAUGAGAGAAGAUGGUGUAUUCUACUUGCGAGAGAGGGGUUUAAACAGAAGAAUUUCCAAAUCAAAAAGUAGAAGGAGCUUUGCGGACUCUCAAGCUCGACCAUUCAAUCUGAUAUGUUGAGACGUCA